UAUAGAUUAGUAGAAAACCCUUCAACGUAACUGUAUCAGAUCAAUGUUUCCCAUGUAACCUCUCGCCAUGCGUUGUUGCAGGGAAUUUCUUGCUUUUCUCCCACAAAGGAAGACAACGCAACAGCCGUUUGCUUAACUCCACCAACCACGGAGAUUUUGUGAGAUGCUCAAUGCUCUCUGCUUGAUUUUGGUGUCUCUGCUUAUUUAUUUUCUCUAUCUCUCUGCUUAUAUUUUGUCAGCGUUUUGUGAGAGCUUAAUUGACAAGGUUUUCUAUUAAGUUCGUCGGGAAGAAAUAGCAGGCGUUGGUUCAGGAAUCGAACGUACGCUACUGGGAUAUGCUUUCAACAGUGAGAGAGAAAGUACUGAUUUUGAUUGUAACUUGUGCUAAUAACACCUGGAAGGUUUCUAACAUGAGAUAUGGGAGGGAGCAAAUUCCCAAGUCCUAGGCUUCAACCACUCCACCGCACGUCAAAUAGGUUAUGAAUCUCCUAUAAUCAAACAAGUCACCUAACAAGAAGAGAAGUAUACAGGGCUACCUCUUGUCUCUUGGUAAAGGCACAGGUCUACAUCUAUCAUUCAUCUUUGAGCUUGGUCCAUGGAGACUACUUGGGCAAAUCAAGCCUCUUCCUCUUCCACGCCCUCCUCCAUCUCAACACCAUUCAAAUAUGACGUCUUCUUGAGUUUCAGCGGUGUCGAUACCCGCAAAAAUUUUACCAGCCAUCUUUUAGCCGCUUUAAAGAGACAUGGCUUUCGUACAUUCAUAGAUGACAAAGAGCUCAAGCGAGGAGAAUAUAUUGAGUAUGAACUUCUGAAAGCAAUAGAGGAGUCAAGAAUUUCGCUAGUCGUUCUCUCAAAAAAUUAUGCCGCAUCCAGGUGGUGCCUUGACGAACUUGUGAAGAUCAUGGAGUGCAGGAAGAAGUUGCAACAAAUCGUUUUUCCGAUCUUUUAUAACGUUGACCCUUCAGAUGUGCAAGCGCAGAAGGGGAGCCUUGCAGAAGCAUUUGCCAAGCAUGCCGAGCGUUUUAAUGAGGGUCCUGGUACCAAGGUGGAGAAGUGGAGGGAAGCUCUCACUGAGGUUGCCAAUUUGCCCGGUUGGGAUUUGCCAAAGGUGGCCAAUGGUAAUGAAGCACAUCUAAUUCAGAAAGCCGUUGAAGAGGUCCAAAAUAACUUAAAUAUUGCACUUCUACAUGUUGCAUGGCACGAAAUUGGACUAGAGUCUCGCCUUCAAAAACUCAACAAGUUGUUGAAAAUGGAAACAGAUGAUGUUCGCAUCGUUGCUAUAUGGGGAAUGGCUGGAAUUGGCAAGACAACAAUAGCUAAAAAGCUAUAUAAUCUCGUCCAACAUAAGUUUGAAGGUAGCACUUUUCUUGCAAAUAUUAGAGAAACUUCAAAGCAACUGAAUGGUCUGGUUGUUUUACAAGAGCAACUUCUUUCGAAUAUAUUCAGAAGUGGAACUCAUUACUUGAGAAAUUUUCAUCAAGGAAUUGAGGUUAUAAAACGGAGAGCUUUGUGUCGUAAGGUUCUUCUUAUUCUUGAUGAUGUGGAUGAUGUCCAACAAUUGAAAGCAUUAGCCAUAGAUCGAGAUUCCUUUGGUUUUGGAAGCAGGAUUAUCGUAACAACAAGAGAUAUUUCUUCACUAAAUUCGCUUAAAGUGGACGAGAUAUACGAAGCAGAGAAGUUGAACAAAGACGAAUCUCUUGAACUCUUCAGGUGGCAUUGCUUUAAGGAAGACCAUCCUACAGAAGACCAUAUGGACCUUUCAAACCAAGUUGUGCACUUUGCUGGAGGGCUUCCAUUAGCUCUCGAAGUUUUGGGUUCCUUUUUCUGUGGCAAGAGCAUACCUCAAUGGAAAAGUGCAAUAGCAAAAUUAAGAAAAAUCCCUGAUCAUGAUGUUCAAGGAAAACUUAAGAUAAGUUUUGAUUCGCUAAGUAAGGAUGUGAAGGAGAUGUUCCUCGAUGUGGCAUGUUUUUUUGUUGGAACGUAUCGAAGUUUUACCGUAAAAAUACUGGAAAGUUGCCACUCUUUUGCAGAAAUUUGGAUUCGGGUUCUAGCUGAUCGGUGUCUCGUAAAAUAUCACCAUAACCAAAUUGUGAUGCAUGAUCUGCUCAGAGACAUGGGAAGAGAAAUCGUCCGGCAAGAAUCUGUUGAGGACCCAGGGAGGCGGAGCAGACUCUGGCAUCAUGAGGAUGUCCUUGGAGUGUUAGGAGAUGGCACGGGCACUGAAGCUGUUGAAGGCCUCUUCCUAAACUUUCACGAGCCGAAUGAGGUCCAAGUAAAUUCAAAGGCAUUUGAAAAGAUGAAUAGAUUGUGGCUGCUUCAUCUCAAUUAUGUUCAUCUCAAGGAAGGUUACGAACAUAUCUCCAGAAAACUAUUGUGGCUAUGUUGGAAUGGUUUCCCAUUAAAAUGUUUGCCAUCAAACCUGCAUAUGGAUAAUUUAGUUACUCUUGACUUGCGCUAUAGCAACCUAAAAAAAGCAUGGAACGGAACCAAGAUCUUGGUCAAACUGAAAUUCCUUUACCUGAGUAAUUGCUAUCACCUGAUUGAAACCCCUGACUUCUCUGGACUCCACAAUCUUGAGGAACUUUUGCUUAAUGAUUGCAUAAGGUUGGUAGAGGUUGACGAAUCUAUUAGAUUUCUCAACAAACUCGUUGUCCUAGAUAUGAAGAACUGUAAAAAACUUCGGAAGGUUCCCUCAAGCAUUUGGAUGUUGAAAUCUCUCGUACGUCUUGAUAUCUCUGGCUGCUCCAUGCUUGGAAAAUUUGCUGGACUCAAAGGAUCACCAUCGAAAUCACAAUCCUCAUUCCUCUCAUCUUGGAAUUUCAUAACAAAGAGAGUGGAUUAUAUUAAUUUCAUAACAAAGAGAGUGGAUUAUAUUGGGUUAUCACUUCCCCAAGUACUCGGCUUAAGUUGGUUAAAAGAUUUGAGGAUGGAAAACUGCAAUCUGUCAAAUCUACCAAACGAGGUCGGUAAUUUGAUCUCAUUGGAGACUUUGAAUCUUGGCAAAAACAAGUUGCGUACCUUACCAGAUAGCAUAUGCAACCUUACUCACUUGAAGAAGUUGUAUUUGUCAGAUUGUGAUGUGUCGCAUUUGCCCAACGAAAUUGGGAGGCUGGUCACGUUAAAGACUUUGAUUCUUGAAAGGAACGGUUUACUCACCUUACCGGAUAGUAUCUGCAACCUUACUCGCUUAAAGAAUUUGAAUUUGUCACACUGUGAUGUGUCGCAUCUGCCUGGCGAAAUUGGGCGAUUGUUCUCUUUGAAAAAUUUGUAUCUUGGUGGAAACAAUUUACUUACCUUGCCGGAUAGUUUUUGUAACCUUGCUUGCUUGAGCGACUUGGAUUUGAAAGACUGCAAUUUGUCCCAUCUGCCCGACCGAAUUGGAAUGUUGAGCUCGUUAAUGGACUUGAAUCUUGAAAGGAACAACGUUUGUAGCCUGCCAAAUAGUUUCAGUGACCUUGCUAGCUUGGAAAGGGUCUACUUGAGUAAUUGUAAAAGGCUCCAAUCACUUCCAGAGCUUCCAGCUAGCUUGGAAACGCUCCACUUGAAUUACUGUGGAAGGCUCCAAUCACUUCCAGAGCUUCCAGUAAGUUUACGCUCUAUGGAUGCAAGCUACUGCACAUUACUAGAAAGCAUACCUACUGAGUUCAACUGGCAAGCUGGACUAGGCAUGUUCCUUGAUGGAUGCAAUAUGUUAGCCAAGAACAAUUUUGCAAAUAAUGUUAUGGAAAGAAUCGACCAGUCUCUCUCUGAGGAUAAAAAAAACAGGGAAUGGUCUGACGACUCUGCACUGGAGGGAAAUACUAGUAUUUAUCUUCCUGGGGAUGAGGUUCCCAAUUGGUUCCAAUACCAGUAUACAGGGUCAAAAUUAUCUCUUGUGGUGCCGCCUCUGGAAACUCGGAGAAUACUGGGCUGUUCUUUAUGCGUAGUUUUCAGGACUCAUGAAAAUCGUGGUUGUCAAGAUUAUCCAAUAUCGAUUCUUCGUAACAAACCUACGGAGUUCAGUUUCUCGACUUUCAGCAGACAUCAAGAUCAAGAUCAGAUGAUACUCCUUUAUUUCCCAUCAAAAGAAACUGAGCUUUUCGGACGAAUCCAUGCCGGGGAUGAAUUUGAGAUUGAGAUAAAACAGUCGCCGUGGUUGACAGUGAAGAAGUGUGGGAUUAAUCUCAUUUAUGAAGACAAUACAGAGAUGCCGAUCAAAAAAAAGAGAAAAAUUACAGAUACAAGGGAUCCAGAUAUUUCUAGUCCGAGAAAUUAUCUUGAAAUCCCAAAUACAGCCCCUCGUGGGGCUGAACUACUGGCCUCCACGGAGGGGGACAAGAACCUACCCACCAAUGCUAGCUGGGAAUUUCUUGCUUUUCUCCCACAAAGGAAGACAACGCAACAGCUCUUUGAGUACAGAGAUUUUGUGAGAUGCUCAAAUGCUCUCUGCUUGAUUUCGGUGUCUCUGCUUAUUUAUUUUCUCUAUUUCUCUGCUUGCAUUUUGUCAGCGUUUUGUGAGAGCUUAAUUGAGAAGACUGCUUGGGCAAACCAAGCCUCUUCCUCUUCCACGCCCUCCUCCAUCGCAACACCAUUCAAAUAUGACGUCUUCUUGAGUUUUAGCGGCGUCGAUACCCGCAAAAACUUUACCAGCCAUCUUUCCGCCGCUUUAGAGAGACAUGGCUUUCAUACAUUCAUAGAUGACAAAGAGCUCAGGCGAGGAGAAUAUAUUAGCGAUGAACUUCUGAAAGCAAUUGAGGAGUCAAGAAUUUCGCUGGUUGUUCUCUCAAAAAAUUAUGCCUUGUCCCGGUGGUGUCUUGACGAACUUGUGAAGAUCAUGGAGUGCAGGAAGAAGUUGCAACAAAUCGUUUUUCCUAUCUUUCAUGGGGUUGAGCCUUCAGACGUGCGAGCGCAGAAGGGGAGUCUUGCAGAAGCAUUUGCCAAGCACGAAGAGCGUUUUAAAGAGGGUUCAGAUGGCAGGGUGAAGAAGUGGAGGGAAGCUCUCACUGAGGUUGCCAAUUUGUCCGGUUGGGAUUUGCCAAAGGUGGCCAAUGGUGAUGAAGCAUAUCUAAUUCAGAAAGCCGUUGAAGAGGUCCAAAAUAACUUAAAUAAUGUACUUCUACAUGUUGCAUGGCAUGAAGUUGGACUAGAGUCUCGCCUUGGAAAACUCAAGUUGUUGUUGAAAAUGGAAACAAAUGAUGUUCGCAUUGUUGCUAUAUGGGGGAUGGGCGGAAUUGGUAAGACAACAAUAGCUAAAAAGCUAUAUAAUUUCGUCCAACGUGAGUUUGAAGGCAGCACUUUUCUUGCAAAUAUUAGUGAAACUUCGAAGCAAACGAAUGGUCCGGUUGUUUUACAAGAGCAACUUCUUUCGGAUAUACUCAGAAGUGGAACUCAUAACUUAAGAAAUUGUCAUCAAGGAAUUGAGGUUAUAAAACGGAGAGCUUUCUGUCGUAAGGUUCUUGUUAUUCUUGAUGAUGUGGAUAAUGUCCAACAAUUGAAAGAUUUAGCCAUAGAUCGAGAUUUCUUUGGUGUAGGAAGCAGGAUUAUCGUAACAACAAGAAAUAUUUCUUCAUUAACGUUUCUUAAAGUGGACGAGAUAUAUGCAGCAGAGAAGUUGAACGAGGACGAAUCUCUUGACCUCUUCAGGUGGCAUUGCUUUAAGGACGACCAUCAUACAAAAGACCAUUUGGACCUUUCAAAUCAAGUUGUGCACUAUGCUGGAGGGCUUCCAUUAGCUCUUGAAGUUUUGGGUUCCUUUUUCUGUGGCAAGAGCAUACCUCAAUGGAGAAGUGCAAUAGCGAAGUUAAGAAAAAUCCCUGAUGAUGAUGUUCAAGGAAAACUUAGGAUAAGUUUUGAUUCACUAAGUAAGGAAGCGAAGGAGUUGUUCCUAGAUAUGGCAUGUUUUUUUAUUGGAACAUAUGGCAAUUAUACAAUCAAAAUACUUGAAGGCUGUAACUUUUUCGCUGCAAUUGGGAUUCGGGUUCUGGUCGAUCGAUGUCUCAUAAAAUACGGGCCCUGUAAUGAGCUUGUGAUGCAUGAUUUGCUUAGAGACAUGGGCAGAGAUAUUGUCCGGCAAGAAUCUGUCAAGGACCCAGGGAGGCGGAGCAGACUGUGGUACCAUGAGGAUGCCCUUGGAGUGUUGGGAGAUGGCACGGGCACUGAAGCUGUUGAAGGCCUCUUCCUAAACUUUCAUGAGCCGAAUGAGGUCCAAGUAAAUUCAAAAGCAUUUGAAAAGAUGAACAGAUUGUGGCUGCUUCAUCUCAAUAAUGUUCAUCUCCGGGAAGGUUACGAACAUAUCUCCAGAAAACUAUUGUGGCUUUGUUGGAAUGGUUUCCCAUUGAAAUGUUUGCCGUCAAACCUGCAUAUGGAGAAUUUAGUUACUCUUGACUUGCGCUAUAGUAGCCUGAAAAAAGCGUGGAAUGGAACCAAGAUAUUGGUCAAACUGAAAUUCCUUUACCUAAGUUAUUCCUAUCACCUAAUCGAAACACCUGACUUCUCUGGACUCAAGAAUCUUGAGGAACUGUUGCUUAACGAUUGCAUAAGGUUGGUAGAGGUUGACGAAUCUAUUAGAUUUCUCAACAAACUCCUUAUCCUAGAUAUGAAGAACUGUAAAAAACUUAGGAAGUUUCCCUCGAGCAUUUGGACGUUGAAAUCUCUUGAAAGUCUUGAUGUCUCUGGCUGCUCCAUGAUUGGAAAAUUUUCUGGAUUCAAAGGAUCACCAUCUAAAUCACAGUCCUCAUUCCUCUCAUCUUGGAAUUUCAGAACAAAGAGACUGGGUUCUAUUGGUUUGUCACUUUCCCCAGUACUUGGCUUAAGUUGCUUAAAAGAUUUGAAGAUGAAAAACUGCAAUCUCUCAUGUCUACCAAACGAAGUCGGGAAUUUGAUCUCAUUGGAGACUUUGGAUCUUAGCGGAAACAAUUUGCCUACCUUACCGGAUAGCAUUUGCGACCUUACUUGCUUAAAGGGUUUGACUUUGAAAGGCUGCAAUCUGUCGCAUCUGCCCAGCGAAAUUGGGAGGCUGGUCACUUUAGAAUUUUUGUCUCUUCAAGGAAACAGUUUACUUACCGUGUCAGAUAGUCUGUGUAACCUUACUCGCUUAAAGGAGUUGAAUUUGAAUAACUGCAAUGCGACACAUCUGCCCAGUGGAAUUGGAAUGUUGAGCUCGUUAACUUCUUUGCAUCUUGAAAGUAACAGUGUUUGUAGCCUACCAAAUAGUUUCAGUGACCUUGCUAGCUUGGAAAGACUCUACUUGAGUAAUUGUGGAAGGCUCCAAUCACUUCCAGAGUUUCCAGCAAGUUUAGACUUUGUGGAUGCAAGCAACUGCACAUUACUAGAAAGAAUACCUACUGAAUGCAACCUGGACGAUAGAGUAUACAUGUGCCUUGGGGGAUGUGAUUUGUUAGCUAAGAACAAUUUUGUAAAUGAUGUUAUGGAAAGACUCGACCAGUAUAAGGAAUGGUCUGCGCUGCCGGGAAGGUGUGGUAUUUAUCUUCCCGGGGAUGAGGUUCCCAAUUGGUUCCAGUACCGGUAUACAGGGACAAAAUUCUCUCUUGUGGUGCCGCCUCUGGUAACUCGGAGAAUACUGGGCUGGAUUUUAUGUAUAGUUUUGAGAACUCACAAUAAACCUUCUAUUGCGGCUUUUAUGACUAUUUCCUAUAAGAAAACUGAUUGGGGGUGGUUUGAGGAGUACAUGUAUGACAUAGCACAUGUAGAUCGAGAUCAGAUGAUACUCCGCUAUUUGCGGUCAGAUUUCAUGGAAAUCCAUUUGGAUGGCGGGGAUAAAUUGGAGAUUGAGAUAAUUCCAGAAGACUCAUUGCAAACAGAGCCGUGGUUGACGGUGAAGAAGUGUGGGAUUAAUCUCAUAUAUGAGGACGAUAAGGACAAUACAGUGACAAAUGACAUGGGUUCGAAUCCCAUUUCCUCUGGCAUGGAAGUGGAACGGGCGGGCGAAAUUACGUGAGAGAAAUAGGUUUGAUAACAGAGGAUCCAGAUAUUUUGAGCCUGAGAUCUUAGUCCAGCUCACCUAAGGUUGCCUGGAUAUCCUGUAUGACUGUAUUUUGAGCCCUUGUGUGUUGUCAAGUUUUCUUUUCUUUUGGAAUGUAUCCGCAAGGGCAGCAACAAUGUGCCGUCGAAUUUUGUAAUACGGAUUCUUGCACACUAAUACUUUGGUGGCUACAUUUGGAU